GCUAAGAAAGACGCGCUAGGGAAUGCCACCAUGCUCCCCUGUCCGUCACUGGAUUCUUUGGUUGUCGAAUCUCCUGCAUGAGUUCCGCAAAGUACUUGUAUGCUGCUUCGCCUCGCCUCUCGCUCAAUCAUUUCCCAUCACAAUUCUCAAGCGUGACGAGACCCACGAGUCUUUUUUUCUCCUUUUCCUUUGUCCUUCUCUACCUACAGCCAUAGACUUUCGAAUCCUGGAGCUGGACUCCAACACCAUAAUUCCUAAACUAAUCGCGUCAUUGGCAGAGCCAAAUGCUUGCACUAGGAAUACGGCACGCCAUGUUCCAUACUGAUAGACACACUACGCCCCCACUGUCUGCAGCCCAAAUGUUCUACCCAAAUAGCGCGGAGAGCAACAUCACGGCUCACAGUUUCUUCUCAACGGGAAAUUCUCCUGAAUCUGUUCUCACUGACAUCACCGCGCCGUCUCGAGGUGGCUCACCACCGGCGUCCACGUCGGUAAAUAGAGGACCACUUCUUCUACCCAAAAUUCGAUGUCAAGAUCAAACCACAGAACCCACUGCUGGUCCGGUCCGUCACCACCGGACUGUUUCCGCUAAUCCAGCGUUUCAUCAUUUCACGCCUUAUCCUUACGGUAUAAUAAGGCCAACAACAUCCCGACGGAGGACUCAUUCACCCGAAGGUCGAAGCACGUCGACUUCAACGUCUAUUGUGGGCCCUGGUAUUUCUUCAUCAGCAGCUCCAGCUUCAACUUUCCCUGCCAGCAACAAUUUUCCAAGCUACUCAAAUUUCCCUUCCGCGAUUACGAAGCAAUCCGCUCUUGCAUCAAAUGUUGACUCCCCAUUCGCUGUACAAGCGUAUCAAGUGCCAAACGAAAAUGCUCCACCUGCUGGCUACAACAGUAGUCUUAAUUCCCCGAUCAGCUUUAAUCAUUCACAUUCGCAGUCCAGUACUUCCUCCAGACGCGCAUCUCUCGCUCAUGUCAGGACCACGUCACUACCGCCAGCCCCUAAUGGGGGUCACUCUCGCUCAGCAUCCGCUUCUAGCGUCGACCAUGAUACUGUCUGGCGUCAUGGUUAUCCAACACAGUAUCGACAGAUUCCUCAGUACGUUACUGCAGGGUCGCAGAUCAGUGUCUCUGCUGCGACUGCGUCUCCAAUUACGCAGGCUUCCCAGUCUGCUGGACCCGCCCUCAUGAUGAAUGAGCUUCCACUUUCAUUUGACGAUACUGAUCUUUCUUUUACGUUCCCACAGGAGACCACAAGUCUUCUUAGUUAUCUGAGCAGUGCAAACCCUGCUCCUGGUCUUAUCGCAAGAUCUGUUAAUGACGAUUUCCACCGCAAGAACCGUGAUUGGUGGUGGUGGGAUGUUCGUACCCUCCGCAGCUGGACUGACUUUAACAUGGACACAAUCUUAGCUAUCCAAGAUUUUGAACGGCUGCUUCACUUCCCCCAGGAUGCAUCUAUGCUCCCAAACCCAGCACGCAGCAGCACUGCUCCAGACACAGAGCACCACCUCCGCGACAUCUAUCAGAAGUUUUUUGCCACAAAGGUCAAUGCCGCUUUAAAGGCCACCUUGGGCGAAAAUCACAUUUUUAUGCAUGCCCAAAACUCGGCCAGCAACAACACAUGGCCUAAACCGGACUUUAUCUCCAACUAUGCGUCUGACUACAUGAAGACCUACCAUGAUGAGACUCGUGGCCGACUCGUUGGACUUGUCAAACCGUACUCGGUCUGGAACACAGGACUCCGCACUGGCGAUCAGAUCCAGCGUGUUCAGUACCUUCAUGGUCUUUCACAUUUGCACCGUGUGAUGCGUGAACACCGUUGCCGUUACGGAUUCAUCAUUACUGAAAUUGAACUACUCUGCGUGCGUAUGGGUGCCAAGGACGACGAGUACAUGGCAUCCAUGAACCGCCAGCCGGGUGCACAAGACGAAGGUCCUAUACCUUGGUUCGGCUAUCUCGAAACCGCAAAUCCAAUCCAGCUCAGCACUCAUGGACUUGACCCAGAAACGAACAAACCGCGUCUCACAGUCGCGAUCGCGCUAUGGUACAUGCAUAUGCUUGCAAAGGAGGAACCACUACAGGGUCAACCCGGUUGGAAGCUUCACGUUGGGGGUCCAGCCGAGCGCACACGCCAAUUCCGCCUUGAAAGGGAUUCAUGGAUCCCCAAGGCUCAGGACGGAGAAAAGCGAAACGCAAAGAAUAUCAGGGGCUGGGUAUGGCCUGAAGACCCCUUCCACAAGAAAGAAAACCUGGAAAAACGACGACGGAGAUGAACACUCAUCGAUUUGCAGUGUCAAUAGUGUAAUAAUAUCUUUGCAAAACAAAAUUUUGAAAGUGUGCAGGUUGUCACACUA